AUGGCAGAGAGCACUCGAUUUAGGAGUCUGGAAGAUCAACUCAAGAAACAGGAUAGUAAGCUGCAGGAAUUGAUGGAAUCUGUGGCAACAAUGCAGAAUUCAAGUAUGGAGGAGCUGCAGCAGAAGCUUCAUACCGACAUGGAUCAGAAUAAUGCGAAAUUGGAAGCAAUGGUGGGGAAUCUGGACCAGAAAUUCAUUAAGAUGGAGCAGAGGUUCAGUACGAUGAUGAAGCUGCUGAUGAAGGAGAAAGGCAUUUCUGACGGGGAUGGAGGAGGAACUGAACCAAUCUUACCGACACCUCUCCAUGCAUCUACGGUUGACACCUUCAAACGAAGGCCAGGGAGUCAACCUGAGAUGAGAGGUAGGCAGUUCUUUCCUAAUAUGCUCAUAGCAGAAUGUCAGAAAGUAGAUGUGGCAGAAAUGUUUUUGGAAGGGAAGGCUGACAAUUGUUCCAAGGGGUUACCAGCUAUCAUCCCUGCCCCAAGGAAAACUGAUGCAAUCCAUAGAGACCUCAGUAAGAUAACAGCUGAGGAGAUGCAGUAUAGACGUAAGCAUGGCUUGUGCUACAGAUGUGGGGAAAAAUUUGGAGUAGGACACCAGUGCAAGAAAGGAAAUCUGAAUUGUGUGAACACUGAAGAGGAGGAGGAGGAGGUUGAAUUUGAGGAUGCUGAAGGAGAGCAAGAUGAACUCACUGGAAGGGUGGGGGAAUUAGCAGAAGUAUCCCUCAAUGCAUUGUCUGGAGCCAUAAAAAGGAAGUCUAUCCUGCUGAUGGGAAAUUUAGGGGGAUUUCCAGUCAAGAUCUUGGUGGACACAGGAAGCUCUGACAGUUUUAUCCACCAUAGAGUUGUCAACCUGUUGCAAUUGCCAUACCACUCAAUCAGCCCUUUCACUGUGACCUUAGCAGAUGGGACUGACAUCACUAAUGGUGUCAUUAGUCCCAAUGUAAGCUGGGUGAUACAAGACUAUCGAUUCCAAUUUGAUCUGAAAAUAAUGGAGUUAGGGGGAUGGGAUAUAAUACUAGGAGUGGAUUGGAUGUGCCAAUUCAGUCCCAUUACUUUUGAUUUCCAUUCCCUCAGCAUUGCACUUAGUGAUAAGGAGAGUUUGCUGCACUUGCAAGGGUUGGUGAAUCAGCCUGCAAUGAGGCUAGUGAGGGGCAAGGACCUCAGAACGUUCAUACAGGAGAAGCAAACAAGCUGUGUAGCACUGGAGACAGAAGCAACAAAGGGAUCAGAGGAUCAGCUUCCAGACUCCAUAGGAAGAAUCCUGCAACAGCAUUCGGAGGUGUUUUCCACUCCUAAAGGCUUACCCCCAGAGAGGGAGCUGGAUCAUCAGAUCAACCUCAAACCAGGUGCUGAGCCUUUUAAACUCAAGCCAUACAGGUACCCCCACUCUCACAAAGCAGAAAUUGAAAAACAGGUUGCUGAGAUGCUCACUAAUGGAAUUAUUAUGCACAGCACUAGUCCUUUUGCUUCUCCAGUAUUGUUAGUAAAAAAGAAGGAUAAUUCUUGGAGGCUCUGUAUAGACUAUAGGAAACUGAAUGAAUUAACUGUAAAAGACAAAUUUUCUAUCCCCAAUAUAGAUGAGUUGUUAGAUGAGUUGCAUGGCACGAAAUAUAUGUCUAAACUCGAUCUCAGAGCUGGCUACCAUCAGCUAAGAGUUAAGGCAGUUGACAUUCCCAAAACUGCUUUCCAGACACACCAUGGCCACUUUGAAUUCUUAGUAAUGCCUUUUGGAUUGACAAACGCUCCAGCCACAUUCCAGGCAUUGAUGAACAGGAUUUUUCAGCUAUAUCUGAGGAAGUUCGUUUUAGUAUUCUUCGAUGACAUUCUGGUGUACAGUCCAACCUUGGAGUCGCAUGCACAGCACCUUAAAGGAAUUGAGGGGUUUUCUGGGAUUAACUGGGUACUACAGAAGGUUCAUAAGGGGUAUGGGGUGAUCAGUAAGCCACUGACACUCCUGCUUAAGAAAGAGGGGUUUACAUGGAAUCACAAUGCUCAGUUGGCUUUUGAAGAUUUAAAAAGAGCCAUGACCACAGCUCCAGUGUUGAGUAUGCCAAACUUUGAUCUUCCUUUUGUGAUCGAGACUGAUGCCUGUGGGGUUGGCAUUGGGCAGUACUGA